AUGAGUAGAGACUCGUUCGUCUCGCUGAGGCCCCGGGCGCCGCCAUGGAGGCCCCACCGGACCCCGUGCUCCUUGGCCGCACUGUGGGCCCCGGAGGUAGCAGGGCUCCGCCAGGAGCAGGAAAAGGUAGUCACCUGCUGCCAAGAGAGGAUCCAGCACUGGCAGCAGGUGGUGGAGGACAACUACAGUGCCCUGCAGGAGCGGCUCAGCACCCUGCCUGACAAGCUGUCCUACAGCAUCGUGGUACCAUUUGGCCCGUUUGCCUUCAUGCCAGGAAAACUCAUCCAUACUAAUGAAGUCACUGUUUUACUGGGGGACAAUUGGGUUGCCAAGUGUUCCGCAAAGCAGGCCGUGGGCUUAGUCAAGCACCGGAAAGGACAUGUAAGAAAAACAAUAGAUGAUUUUUAAAAAGUGAUGACAAAUUUUGAAUCCAGAGUUGAAUUUACAGAAGAUUUGCAGAAAAUGAGUGAUGCUGCAGGUGAUAUUGUUGACAUAAGAGAAGAGAUUAAAAGUGACCUCGAGUUUAAAGCAAAACACCGAAUUGCUCAUAAACCUCACUCCAAACCCAAAACUUCAGAUAGUUUUAAAGCGGAUUUUGCAAAUGUUGAAUCCAAGGAUCUGCUCGCGGACCAGGAGCUGUGGGCUCGGCUGGAAGAACUGGAGCGACAGGAGGAGCUGCUGGGCGAACUUGAGAGGCAGCCUCCCACUGUGACUGCAAACGGAGAAGACACAGCGUUUUCCGAAGAGGAGAAGGAAGACGCCAGCACACGUGUGAACGGGACGUAUGCAGCUCGGCCCGCGGACGACACUGUUGCGGAGCUGCUCCGCGGGCCGAGCUGCGCUGUGAACGGCUCUCGUUGUCCCCUCAGUGAUGAGGCUGAGGGUGGUGACGACGACGAUGCUCUUGGGUCAGGGGCCAGCUCUACCCCAUAUAUAUACUUUUCUCACACCGUCGAACCCAAGCGGGUUCGAAUCAAUACUGGGAAAAACACCACCUUAAAAUUCAGUGAGAAGGAAGAAGCCAAACGGAAGCAAGAGAACAGCUGUGGUGGCCACCCGGCCCCGGAGCUGCCCACGAUCAGGACCCCUGCGGACAUCUACAGGGUCUUCGUGGACCUGGUGAACCGGGCGUAUGUCCCUCAGAAGUCCAUCCUGAAGUCAUGCAGCCGCGAGAACAGCGUGUGCAGCGACACCAGCAAGGGCAGUGCCGCCGACUGCGAGGAGCCCGGGGGCAGCGACGCCGGCGAGAGCAUUUUGGAGGAGCAGGAGCAGCUUCCAGAGAUGCUCUUGCCCACGCCCAGGACGCUGGGACGCUUGAGUCUUUCUGGAACUGUAAUAGAGAAAGAAUUGUCGCCCUGCCUCGCCCCGCACCCGGCCGCGGUCCACCCUGUGCUGCCCACGAUCCCUGAGCGGAGAGAAGUCCCGUCAGAAGGGUCGGAGGUCACCAAGCGGGUGUCCACGUUCAAAGCUGCCAGGCUAGCAGAGGACCUAGGCUGCCAGGCAGUGGGCGCUUGCGCCCUGCAACCUCGUGCUGCAUCAUCGAGAGUACGUAUUGCUGAGGCUCCUCGGAGAGUGGAAGGAGGUGUCCUGAGUUAAUUUGGAAGCAGAUUCUCCUGUUCAUCGGUGGAGAUGAGGGUCCGAGUGAGCCCAGGACUUCCCAGUCCGCUUGCUCGUUGUCCUCUGGCACCGGUGACACCGCUGCUGCCUCUGAUGCCGCGGCUCUCGGAUCACUUCUCAGAGAGGAUGUUCCUGGGCGUGGUUGGUGUUUCGAACUAAACGCAGGCAGUUCCGUGCCAGCUGUGAUGUGCACACCGCAUGGACCAUGUAGCAGAAACGUAAGAUUCAGACCCAGCAGCCUUUCCUGCUUCAGCCUUUGAAAGGCCCUUUAAGAAACCUUCUGGUGGGUUCUGCAGCGAGGUGCCCUUUAACCCCGGGACUGCCGCUGUCCUCUCAGCAGAAGCUCCCCGUGGCCUGUGGGCAGGUUUCUUGGUCGGAAGAAUGGGAUGUUGUAAAACUUUUUUUUUAAGUAAAAAUUUUAUGAAACUUGAAGAAGAAAAACCAACCCACUGAUCUUAAGUGAGAAACUAGUAUUAUGUACCUCCUGAGGUAUACAGUAGGAAACACAUGGUAUAUUCCUUAUGAAAUGUGCUAUUCCAAGUACUUUAACCUGCGUCUAUUAAGCUUCUAGAUCUAACUCACGUUUAUAGGAUACAUAAAUGUUGACCCCAUCAGGAAGCUAUCAACUCUGUUCACAAUGUGGGAAGAAUAUUCUUUAAGACAAAUGACCCAAUUUCUUCAACAAAUAAAUGGGAUGGAGGAAGGAAAAAAAGGGGGGAGGGAAUGUGAUCAGAACUGGUAUGGAUUUGAGGGUUGUAUGACCAAGUGCAGAGUAUGGAUCUUAUUGAACAAAUGAGUAAAUCGGGGGUGAUUUGGUACUAGUAUUAGGUCAUAUUAAGGAAUUACUGUCAUUUACAUUGAUGUCAUAGUAUCAUGGGAGUGUUUAAACUCAUCUUAGAAAUGCAUACGUGAAAUAUUUAUAUUAAAUUAUCUGAGGUUUUGGUUUUUAAAGCUAUCAGGUAAAGCCAUAUAAAAGGAAUAUUGUUAGUUAAAACUAGGUGAUGAAGAUGUGGAAAUUAUUUUACUGAUCUCCACAAUAAAAUAAAGUAAUUAAAAUUCUAUGCUUUAUAUGUAUUCUAUUUUAUUUUGGGAUUCUUUGAUAAUCUGUAUGCAAUGGAACAUUUUAUAAUUUUAGAUACUGUUUAUGUGGUACUUACUAGUAUUUUUUUAUGUUUGCGAAUUCAAGUACCUUUGAAAAAUGUUUUAUGAAAUGACUUUCAGAAUCCAUUCAUGGCAUUCUAAAAACCAUCUAUGUCUUCUAUUUAUUUUAAUCUGUACAUAUUAUUUAGUAUGCUGUUUUACAGACAUUUUUUAAAAUCUAUUGAAAGUAGUGCCAUACUCUUAAGAAAAUUCGUUCAUGUUUAAUGUAUUAACCUCUUACCAAAAGAAGUGAUAUAUUCCACAUCCAAUCGAUUAAUCUCUUCUCUCUUAUUUUUAAAUUUAG